CAACACUACUAUAUAACUAAUAAUUUGAGGUAAAAUGAAACAGGCUGGCAUGCUUUUAACAGCUUUCUUCCUGGUCUUCUUAGCUCACGCUGCAUUAACAGAGGAGUACCCGACAUGCGACUGUUGGACUCCCGAGUGUGGAUACUGUUCUAAACUGGAGUGUACGGUCAAGCAAACCUCAAACCUCGGUAUCACUGUCAGCUCCAAACUCAGGUGGAAGAAGCAAAACACUAUUGUUCUGUUUGAUGAUGCUGGAGCGGAGGUUGGGAGGUUCCGGUUGAGCCUCAGAGGGAUCUCCCUAUCGGGAUGUUCGAGUUGCCACACCCCGGGACCUCUGAAGAGAGCGAGAACUAGGGGAGGGCCCACUCAGUGGGCGUUUUCUCUGGGGGGAGGUUCCAUUCAGAUAGCAAUCAAGGGACAGGUUCUGUACAGUCAAAAAAUGGGCGGCCGAUGUGCGGAGAAGUAUGGUAAAGCUACGAGGUUUGCCUUCUACAACAUGGGUUGUGAGAACACCUUCUCAUAUGUAGAAAGUGAGAUGGAGUUAGGAGCACUGGUAUCAGCAGACUGCGGAGGAGCUUGCUCUAAAUAGUUUAAAUAGUUAUUGAUAUGCUAACUUUGUUAUCUAAUACAUAUUUAGACUAUUGUCAAUUUAGUUUGACAUCUUUAGGUCACUAUAAGUAUAAAUAAUAUAAAUAUCCCUGACCAUUUUAAUCUCAACGGAAUUGAACGUCUUGAGUAGGUAAAUAACAAGUACUUUGAGGUGGCAAUAGCUUGGUGUUUGGUAAUCUGAUUUUGAUAUCACUGAUGAGGGAUGAUGUAGCAAACAUAUUUUAUGUUAUUAUGAAUAUUAUGUGCAUUGAUAGGAUUUUAAUUAAAAAAGAUAUAUUGCAUUUCAUAGACAUUCA